UUAGACUAAAGAGGUGUGGCUGGAUGAAAUGGCUCGAGUAGCUGUGAUAGGAGCUGGAUUCAUAGGGUCUUCUGUGUCCCUUCACCUGCUCCAGGAGCAUGGGAAGAGUGUGCAACUGACUCUAAUAUCAGAGUCCUUCAGUCCUGAUACUACUAGUGACAAGUCCACAGCAUUAAUGCUCCCCUUUGAUGUGAUUCCUCCUUCUGGUGGUGAUGGGAUUGUAGAGGGUGUGGGUGAUCCAGAGGAGUGGCUCAAAGACACCAUAUCUCACAUUAGAGGUUUACAUGAUUCACCGGAGGGUGGGUUGAUGGGUAUAUCACUGAUACAUGGUGUACGUGCAUUGGCCGAACAACCAACGACUGGUAGUCUUCCCUGGUGGCAUGAGCAUGCUUAUGGAUACAGGACUCUCUCUACUGAUGAAGUCAAGUCUUACAACAUACCCUCUGGGUAUCCCUGGGCUGAAUCAUUCAGCACAUAUGUGGUGGACUCACGUCUUUACUUGCCUCAACUACUCAGUAAGAUAAAGGCACUGGGUGGCAAUACUCUUCACAGUAAGAUUGAGAGCAUCUCUGAACUGACCUCCAAAUACGACAUCAUUAUAAAUUGCAGUGGGCUAGGAUCUGCAGUCCUUGCCUCUGACUCUACAGUAUAUCCAGUAAGAGGUGACAUAGUCUCGGUACAUGCUCCUUGGAUAAAAGAAUUCACAAUAUUGGAGUCUCCUACCUCAAUCACUAGCGUAAUACCGCGGCCCAAUGACGUAUUGCUGGGAGUGACUGCCAUACCUCAUGAGCACAGCACUGAGCCUUCGGAGGAAACCAACCAAUUGCUCAUUAGGAAUGGGACUGCUCUCGUACCAAGUCUUAAGACUGCAAAAGUGCUCACCAGUUGGGCUGGCCUCCGUCCAAUGCGUUCUAAAGUUCGUCUUUGCAUUGAUUCAAGUUACAAGGAGAGCGUUGUUGUACAUUGUUAUGGUCACGGGUCUAAAGGCGGCUGCUUCCAUUGGGGUUGUGCCGUUCAAGUUGGUAAACUCCUUCACAGUGCAAUAAUUGAGAAAAGUAACUCUAAUUAGGAAACACUUUUUGUUGCAUGAUAAUUUUGCUGCCGCAUUAACUAUUAUACUGAUUGAUUUUAUAAAAGUAUAUUAUUCAUUAGCAAAA